AUGUUGCCAAAUAUUGUCGGAUUCCAAGCACACAAUUCGCGCCGCUGCACGAAGAAGGACGCCACACGCUGUUGCGCCAAUUGUGGCGGCGCUCACGCGGCGAAUUACCGCAGCUGCAGCUUCAUCAAGAACUGGAGUCGCGGUGAUAAAGCUAGGCGGAGACUCAAGACCACCAAGAAGGCGGAUACAGCCGCAGCUGUUGCGUCCUCGCCACCCUCCGCCUUCGGCGGAAUCGUGGUGGCCGAUGACGCGGCUGUCCCACCGGACGCAGUCAGCGAGGCGUGCGCCAGGGUGCGCGCCGCCGCCGACGAAGAAAUUGCUGCCCUGAAAGCCGCAAUGGGGGAAGAGAGGCUGGUGCACAGUCUCCGUGAUGCGCUGGCCAGCCAGCCCCACCCAGCACAGAAGGAGGAUGCUGACACGCAGACUGCCACCCCCGUGGAACCUCUAGUAAUACAGGAAGCCACUGCCUCCCUGUGCAGCACGCCGGCCGCUGGAGGCGGUGGGAGGGCCGCCCCCGGCGCCGCCCCCGGCGCCGCCCCCGGCGCCGCCCCCGGCGCCGCCCCCGGCGCCGCCCCCCGCACGCAGGCCACGGCCAGACCACCGUCGCAGCUGCGCAGCCGACGCCUGACUGCCUCACUUCGCCCCUCGACGAAGCUGCCGUCUGCCUCCUGCGGUGAGUUCCGUCACCACGCGUCGUCCACAUUCCAGAACCUUUCUGGAGAGGAGAGAGCCGAUAGGCUGACAGAUGCAGCUUUUGAUGGGCAAGUGGCCGAGCUGCGUGCUCUGCUCGCAGCCGGGGCGGACAUCGAAGCGCUGGACAGUUCAGGGUGGACUGCUCUGCACGCGGCAGCGAGGGCGGGAAACGUACAGGCCUUGAAGUGUCUGCUGGCGGCGGGGGCAGACGUGGGAGGGAGAAUCGACGGUGGGUUCAGCGCCCUGCAUUGGGCAGCAACAUUGGAAUAUUCGGACUUGGCGAAGUGCCUGCUGGAGGCGCGGGCAGAUGUGGGCGCCAGGGAUGGCUACCAGAAGACGCCUCUGCACUGGGUUGCAGCGAAAGGCCAUUUGGCUGUGGUGCGGCUGCUCUGUGCGGCCUCAGCAGAAGUCAAUGCCAGGGAUCAGUGGGGGUCUACUCCGCUGCACUACGCUGCGUCCUAUGACUACACAGAGGUGGCGGCUGCGAUGUUGGAGGUAGGAGCGGACAGGACGGUCAGGGAUGAGGAUGAGCUCACGCCACUGGACAUCGCCACGGACAAGCAAAACCAGAAGCUCAUAGACGUACUAAGAAGAACCUAG